CCGAAGUUUUAACUUGUGAUGAAAGUAAAAUAUUUAUUCCGUUUUUUCUUAUAAAUAACAACCUAUGAUUUCAGUGCUAAAAUAUUAUGUAUACAAAUUCAUAAAGUUACACUUCGCUUUGAAUAAAACACAAUUUGGUGGCACAGCAAGUGAAGCAAAACUCAGGUUGUUCGUCGAGUCCUCGAGCAUUAUUCUUCAGGAAUUGAAGCAAAACUCAAAUUGCUCGCCGAGUCCUCAAGCAUUAUUCUUCAGGAAAUCAAACAUGGGCAUUCAUAAGGUGUCUGAAACUGUUGAAAGACUAUGGAACGGAUGGGAGCUUCGCAUGGUGAUGUUGCUCAGUCUCUUUCUUCAAAUCUUUCUUAUAAUCUUUGGGCGUAGACGAAAGUAUACAGCAGGAUUCUGGCUCGGAACUCUUGUUUGGUUAGCAUACUUGUCAGCAGAUUGGGUGGCAACAUUUUCAUUGAGUAUCUUGGCUCAAAAGCUUGGAGAUUCAGAAACGAAUUGUAUAAAUUCAAAUCGAGGAUUGAUCCCAGCAUUUUGGGCACCAGUCCUCCUUAUGCACCUCGGUGGCCCGGACACUAUCACUGCAUAUUCAAUGGAAGACAAAGAAUUGUGGUUGAGACAUCUGUUGGUGCUAGUAAGCCAAGUUGCUGUGGCUUUUUAUGCCUUUUCGAGGUCAUGGUGGAGUAAGGAUCCUCUGUUAUUUGUAGCCAUUCCCAUCUUUGUUGCUGGAAUUAUUAAAUAUGGAGAAAGGAAUUGGGUUCUGAGGUCAGCAAGCUCGGAGCAGUUCAGGAGUUCGGUAUAUAGUGAUAUGAAAGAACUACAUCACCAAUUUGAUGAAUUUUCGAACACUGAGUUCUUUGACAUGACUGAUGAACGACUCAAUGAAAAACUACGCUUGAGUGACAUGAUACCUCAGGCUAAACUUCUCCAUGAGGCGGAUUUGUUCUUCCAAAUGUUCAGGGUACUAUUUGCAGAUCUUGUUCUUGCAGAUUCUAAUCAUUUGGCUACUCAUAUUAUCCUAAAAAAAAAGACUGCGGUGGAAGCCUUCAAUUUAAUUGAAGUUGAGAUGGGAUUUAUGUACGAUGUGCUUUAUACGAAGGUGGCGAAGGUUUGUUCGUCACGCAUCAUUGUCCGUGCUAUCAGCUUCUUAUGUUCUGUUUCUGCACUACUUGCCUUCUCACUAGGUAUGUCCAGAAACAACCAUGCCUAUUUAACAACUGAAAUAACUAUAUCAUACCUCUUGUUGUACGGAGCCAUCAUUAUUGAGAUUUAUUCAGUUGUUUUGCUUCUUUUCUCUGACUGGACUAUGCUUUGGCUUAGUGGGCAAAAGAAGCCAUUGUUCAAUUUUGUGUAUAGAACUAUUUGUUCUUCACGAUUUCUGCCAUUUCUUCACAAUGACAGAAGGUGGGCAAGAUCAAUGGCACAACACAACCUGAUAAGGUUUCAGUUAAGUAAAGGCAAAUUGACCAGCAUUUCUCUUAAGAAGUUGCUAGGAAAAAGCCACAUUCAUAGUUGGGAGGAUGUGGGUGCUGAUAUGAAAGAAUUGAUCUUCCAACAACUCUUAGAUAAACGUACAAGAUAUAGUUUACGGAUGCGCAGUCAUGAUCCUGGAAUGAAUGAUUUACAUGAGAUAUUAUCAGAGAGAGGCGAUCAGGUGAUUGGAAGAGAGGGAUGCCUUGAAAAAAUUGGUGGGAGUGUGAAAUCUUCAGAUUUUAAUGAGAGCCUCCUUACAUGGCACAUUGCUACCGAAAAACUCCACGAAAGGAAAUGAGGUUGCCCUGUAUUGCUCUCCUUCUGCUUGACACUUCAUUGUGAUACAAAAGAAGAAAAGUAUGGACAGGGCAUAUGUUAAUUCUGUCUACAAGAAAGUAUAAAUUUGUUAGUGUUGAUCAAAAUUGAAGUAGAGAAAAUAAUUUCAGCUUGUGACAAGAGACAAGUAAACAACUACAAUUAUGUAGGUGCUCAAUUUCAUACACUUCUCUCAAAGUUUAAUUAGU